CAAGACGGUCAUAAGUGAAAAAAAAAUUAAUGAUCAAUUUUAAUUUAUUUUUAUAAAUUAUUAAAUAUUUAAAAUGACUAAUGUAACUUUUUCUCUAGUGAUCAUAAUAAACAUUUUUUGUUUGUGUUAUUGUGCUCAACUGCCAAGUAAUUUUGGAAGGUGUCAUACUAAAGACAAGGAGUUUGACGAGUGCAUAAGGAAAAAUAUAGAAGUAGCAAUUCAUUCGCUAAAAGAAGGGUCUACACAAUUGGGUUUACACCCUUUCGAGCCUUUAUCUAUACCUCAAUUAAUAAUAGGACAAGGUACAGGGGCUGUAAAUGUGGAACAGCGAUUUUCUGAUGCCAAACUUUAUGGUUUAACCGGAUCUCUGGUCCAGGCAGGAAGUGUCGAUUUUGAGAAAGAAGUUAUUUUGGCAAAAUCUGUUACCCCAAAUUUACAAUUAAUAGGCACAUACGAUAUGAAUGGUAAAAUUCUACUAUUGCCACUUGUUGGUACAGGACCGUUUAACGUUACCUUAGUCAAUACAAAAAUAAACCAUACUAUAACAGGACAAGCCUAUGAAAAGAAGGGUAAAAAGUAUUGGAAAUUUGUCAACUACACUGUCACUUUGAGACCAGAGAGGGUAUACUUUAGAUUUGAUAACUUAUACAACGGAUCCAAUCCUCAGUUAGGAGAAAACGUCAACCAGGUUUUGAAUGACAACUGGGAUGAGGUUUUCACUGAUGUAAGGCCAGGUUAUGAAGCAUCCUUUGGGCAAAUUUUCCAGGAUUUAGCUAAUAGAGUCUUUAGUAGAGUCGCUUUAAAAGAUAUAUUUUAUUUUGACUAAAAUAGCGUAUUUUACAACAGUUUAAAGUCCCAAAACUGUACAAAAUUUGCAUAACAUAGUCUUUACCAAAAAAUAGUAUUAGUUAUACAGGGUGUUUUGUAUUUAAUUUAAUAAUAAAAAA